CCCAAUUUACUGUUGUUUUUCUUUGUGGUGUUUUUGGUUUAGAUGGUCGGGGGUGGAUUUUUUUUGAUGAUUUUGGAGUACCCAGUAAUUUUUCAAAUACAAGAACAGUCAAAGCCAUCAAAAAUUGCAAACUAUAUAUAACCCUUUCUAAACGGUACUUGAUUACUUUUCCCUGGCCUUCUUCGAAUCUACCUUUAGAUUUGUCAAACCUCGAAUUUGCAAACAUCCUCCUCUAAAACUCCAUUUCCUCUAAAUGACUUUAGCCAUUGGGAUCUUUCUGCAGUUUUGACAUGGGUAAUCCGGUUCGUGGAUCCAAGCGCGGUGGAUGGACUGCUUGCUCCUUUAUUGUUGGAGCACCGCCAUCUUCUUUUUCUUCUUCACGUCGUGUUCUUCAGCAUCUUCACCCAAGUUUGUGCCUCCACUAGCAGGCGUGGAAGGAAAAUCGUGACUCCGACCCGUACUGCUUGUUCGUGUUCAUAGCACCGCCACUUCAAGUCACUUUGACGGCGGUUAUAGCCUAGUGACAAUAAUACCCUGACUCCAUACUCCAUAUUCCUCAGCGUCUCCAAAAAUCUAAAAAAUCCCGCAUAGUCUCUCUCUGUGUCUGCGAGCGCACUUGCUGCUCACAUGGAAAGCCAUGGAAGCACCAGCAGCAAUAACGACAACAACAGCAAGAAGCAGUGGAGAGCAGAGGAAGCGAUUGCCGGGAACGCCGAAGCUCUCCAGGCUCUUAGAGAGCUCAUAACUUUCCCUCUCUACUACUCUUGCGAAGCUCAAAAACUCGGUCUUAAAUGGCCUCGAGGUUUGCUCCUGUACGGUCCACCGGGCACGGGAAAGACAAGCUUGGUACGGGCAGUUGUUCAGGAAUGUGGUGCUCAUUUAACCAUUAUCAGUCCACAUUCUGUCCAUAAAGCACAUGCUGGAGAAAGUGAGAGUGUCUUGCGGGAUGCCUUUUCAAAGGCAUCAUCCCAUGCAAUGAUGGGCAAGCCAUCAGUUAUCUUUAUUGAUGAAAUAGAUGCACUUUGUCCUCGUCGUGAUUCCAGAAGGGAGCAAGAUGUUCGUGUAGCCUCGCAACUCUUUACACUAAUGGACUCCAAUAUACCUUCCUCAACUUCUGCAACACAAGUUGUUGUAGUUGCAUCCACUAACAGAGUGGACGCAAUUGACCCUGCACUUAGAAGAUCAGGGCGUUUUGAUGCUGAAAUUGAAGUUACUACGCCUACGGAGGAGGAGCGCUAUCAAAUUCUCAAGCUCUACACGAAGAAGGUUCCUUUGGAUCCCAAUGUUGACUUACGGGCUAUAGCCGCGUCUUGCAAUGGCUAUGUUGGGGCUGAUUUGGAAGCUUUAUGUCGUGAGGCUACCAUGUUUGCAGUUAGAAGGUCUUCCGAUACAAAUGAAAAUGCUGCUGUGAUCAGCUUAACAGUGGAAGACUGGAAACAUGCUAGAUCCAUUGUUGGGCCCAGCAUAACAAGAGGUGUUACUGUGGAAAUCCCAAAGGUGACUUGGGAAGAUAUUGGAGGAUUAAAAGAUUUGAAGAAAAAGCUCCAGCAAGCUGUCGAGUGGCCUAUUAAACAUUCUGCUGCAUUUUCGAGGCUGGGAAUAUCUCCAGUACGUGGAAUUCUUCUGCAUGGGCCUCCAGGAUGUUCAAAAACCACCCUUGCUAAAGCUGCAGCUCAUGCCGCCCAAGCUUCUUUUUUUUCCUUGAGUGGUGCAGAAAUGUAUUCGAUGUAUGUUGGAGAGGGAGAAGCUUUGUUGCGGAAUACAUUUCAGAGAGCUCGCCUUGCAGCACCAAGCAUAAUAUUUUUUGACGAGGCUGAUGUUGUUGCUGCCAAACGAGGGGGGAGUUCAAGCAACAGCACUACAGUAGGGGAGAGGCUUCUGUCUACUCUACUUACUGAAAUGGAUGGUUUGGAAGAAGCUAAAGGAAUUCUUGUUUUAGCUGCUACAAAUCGUCCUCAUGCAAUUGAUGUUGCACUUAUGCGCCCUGGACGCUUUGAUCUGGUGCUAUAUGUACCGCCACCCGAUCUUGAAGCUCGCUGCGAGAUACUUCAUGUACAUUCACGUAACAUGAAAAUAGACGAUGAUGUUGAUCUCAGAAGAAUAGCAGAAGAUACUGACCUUUUCACUGGGGCUGAACUGGAAGGCCUGUGUAGGGAAGCUGGCAUUGUAGCUUUGAGGGAAAGCAUUGAUGCCACUGUUGUCUCUGACCGUCAUUUCGAGACAGUAAAGGCUUCUUUAAAACCGGCAUUAACAAGGGCAGAAAUUGAUUCAUAUUCUUCGUUUAUGAAGACCCCAUCUAGUGUCAAGGAUCACAGCAAGCACAAAAAAGAAUUAUUGGGUCCAUUAUUUUCUGUUAAAAUUGGAGUUGUAAGCUUUAUUUUACUUGCUGCUGCUGCUAAAUAUUUUUUCGUAAGUACAGAUCAAAACCAACAUGAACUAGCUACUACCUGAAGUAUGCUAUAUUGUUAUGAUUAGUAUUUUUUUCUCCCCA